AAAGAAAAUAAAUAUCCCCCAAAAACGUUGAAGCGUGAAAGUGGAGAUGGGCGUGGCUAUAUUUCUGACCUCAGCGUUUUCCGCUCGUUUAAAACAGACAGAGUGAGCCCUCCCUCCGCUGCCGCCCAUCUCUGCUCCAACCCCUAAAGCCCUGGACUGGACUCGUCGGGCUACGUCACCGUGUCGGCAGGAGACGAGUCGCGAGGAGUUUCACUCUGUUGUCACUCCCGCACGAAGAAGAGGGUGUGACCGACAGCUACCUGUCCGGUGUCACCUGCUGCUGGUCCGGUCCGAACCCGUCGCUCGAGUUUCAUUUCGUCAAACGCUGGCUUCACUCAGGCGUAAGACGGAGAAGGCGCUAAAGGAUGCGAAGAAGAUCCUGACUCGCGGCCCCAACAUGAGCGUGACGUCAUGGUUCCUGGUCAGCAGCUCGGGCACGCGCCACCGGUUGCCCCGGGAGAUGAUCUUCGUGGGGCGGGACGACUGCGAGCUGAUGCUGCAGUCUCGCAGUGUGGACAAACAACACGCCGUCAUCAACUACGACCCGCGCGCUGACGAGCACAUGGUGAAGGACCUGGGCAGUUUGAACGGGACGUUUGUGAAUGACCUGCGAAUCCCCGACCAGACGUACAUCACCCUGAAGCUGUCUGACGUCAUUCGAUUUGGUUACGAUGCUCAUGUUUACGUCCUGGAAAAGAGUCAACACAAGGUCCCAGAGGAAGCUCUGAAACAUGAGAAGUACACCAGCCAGUUACAGCUCAGCAUAAAGUCCCUGGAGGCCAAGGACAAACCGCAGCUCCAGAGUCCGAGCAAAGACUCUCUCUCCGGUGUCAAAGUGCAGGACAAGGCUGAGCAAAGAUCCAGCUCUCUCACAGGUGCCACAGAUGCGCCCAUCUCCAAGCCCACUCCUCUGUACGGCCAGCCGUCCUGGUGGGGGGAGGAUGAGGAGUCUGCCAACAAAAAGCGGAGCGCGGACGAAAAGCCGUCACAGCAGGAGUCUCCAGAACCUGGUAAAGACGUGUCCAGAUAUGACGUCAACGGUUCGCCCACCAACGCUCAGUCAAAGUCCAUCUCCUCCUACAGACGGGAGGCCAGUUACUUUGAGAUCCCAACAAAGGAGCUUCAGCAGCGGCCUGUUAAAAAGCACCAGCCACAGGUUCACGAGGCUCCAACCAAGGACGUGCCGGAUCCCUCCCUCCCCGCCACCCCCACGCCCCCCGUGGUGCAAAGCCACGCCUCCUUCACCAUCGAGUUUGACGACUGCACGCCGGGAAAAAUGAAGAUCAAGGAUCACGUGACCAAGUUCUCCUUCCGCCAGCAGCGCAAGUUCCCGUCCACAGAGGUUGUGACCGCACCUGCUGAGGUGAUGUCAGCGGAGAGCAAGGUUGCUGAUUGGCUGGUCCAAAGCAACGCCAGCAUGAUGAGUAGGAGGCCACAGGCUGAAGACAUGCUCAGCACCAACAGUGACCCGACGUUUCUGAAGAUGAAGGCUAACCAUCAAGAUGGCAGCCACAGCGAUUCAGAAGAUCCUGUGAUCUGUGGGAAUGCUUUUCUCCAGUCAGACUCUCAGAUUGGGGCCCGAGGGAGUCCACAGCCGAUCAGAGACUCCCCUCCACAGCGCUUUGCCUCCCCAGACUCUGAGGAGCACCUGUCCUCCUCCACCACAGAGUUCCAGUCGCUCCCUAGUUUUGCCAAGUCUGACCCUCAACAGGCCUUUGUCAUUGAAUUCUAUGAUGACAACCCAAGAAAGAAGCGCUCCCAGUCCUUCACCAAUAACACUGCUCCGUCUGAACCUUCGAGCCUCAAGGUUCAGCUGGAAAAGAUGAAGAAAAGCUCCAGCCCCUCUGGGGAGAGACAGGCCUCCACCACUCCCGCAACUCAACGAUACACCAUCCCCCUAAAGGACCCCGCCGCCCAAGGCCCCCAGAGAGCCGGCUCCCUGCGACGAGAGAAGACCGAGGACCGAAUCAGCACCAGCUUCUCCUCACGCUCCUCCACUUCUGUUUCUGUACGACCCUUUAGCAGCGUGGGCCGAAGGUCCAAGCUGGCCCAGGAAUUUACUGCUGAGUAUCUGAAACAGUCAAAGCAGGUCACCUCCUCAUCCCGGGACACAAAUGCACACAGUCCCCCUACAGCGGCUAAAACGGAGGCAGUGGUUGCAUCACAGUGUGUUUCUCCCCCAUUUACUGCGUCCUUCCAGCCACAGACGUCCUCUCCCAUCCACAGGCCUGUUCCCCUUAAGGCCCCUGUGAUGCCUCUGUCUCACAGCUUAGCAGUGAAGAGCCCCCCUGCAGGUAGAAAUGAAGAGGAUGACAGUCUGAGUGAUGCAGGAACCUACACCAUUGAAGCAGAUGUGCAGGAUAAGGAGCUGGAGGAGGCAAGGAGCAAAAUCGACCAGGUUCACUCGGCAGGUGCAGUGUUACAGGGGGCCCCUAGGUGGAUGUCUUGCUGGGCCAGCCUGGCAGACAGCUACACGGAGUCCGGCCCUUCGUCUGAACUCUAUGACAUGCCGUCGCAGAUGGAGCUGUCAGCAGGGGCACGAGGCCCAACCACCCACAAGGCCAGUCUGAGCCACAGCCACGACAGCAUGGACGCCCCUGGAGCUCAGCGCGUCCUGCCCCAGGCACCAACGGGGGACAGCGUAUCCACCCCCUGCAUCCAUGUUCAUUAUGACCCACACUCUACAUUUGACGUAGAAGAGAAUAGCCCGGUGGACCCCAGCUCCCAGGACGCCGUUCACAGGUUGUCGGUGCAGGACGACGUGGAGCCCGACAGCUUGAGCGACGCCAGCAAGUCGGACGACGGUUCCGUCGUAGAGCAAAGGAGGCGGCCGCUGUCGGACACCGAGGAGAAGGAGAGGCAGAGAAAGCCCAGAUCCUCAGCCAAGUCCACAGCGUUCUACAUCGGGUCCGAAGGGGCUGCACCCAAAGCAGAGCGGCCCGUCUCCAAACCCAGCGCAGCCGAGGCGGCGACGGUGCCUGUAGCCAAAACCUUCUCAAGCGCCACCCUCACCAAACCCAGAGGCAACCAGGACUCCGGACGGGUCAGGCCCAACGUGUCGGCUCCUACCAUCACCCAGAGCCCCGAGUCCAGAGAGAUGACAGCGUCCCUGAUUAGACAGGAGAGCUUCACUAAGGAGCGGCCCAGCAACGACCGACUGCCCAACAUCUCCAGCCUCCCUGCUCUAAAACAGCCAAACCCCGACUUGUUCCAGGGAACCUUCAACCAGGACACGCAUUCAUACCUCAAGCAGACGGAGGAUGUCCUGGCUGCUUUGGAGGCCAAACUCCAAGCUCAUCCAGAAACGACUCCAUCUCCCAUAAUGGACUCCCUGUCUGGGGAGUCUGACGUGGACACCUCCAGUACAGUGAGCCAGCAAAGCAGUAAGACCAAGCCCAGCACGCUGAACAAGAAGACGUUUGCCAGCGGCAUCAACAGGGAGAGGUCCUCUGGGAGUUUAGCCAGUCAGGACUCGAACCACCGUUCUCAGAGAACGGACAGCAAUAAGCCCGAGUCAGUCCGGAGACCAGCAGGACACCGGCCUGGAGCCGGAAAAGGCGCCUCCACAGACCUGAGCGAUGACCCCCACAGCCUCCCCUACUCUGACCAGGAGUCCAACGGCCGCAGGAAGUUCACCGUGCCCCUUCAGAAGGAGGAUGGGCGCACGCCGCGAACGCCCCAGGCCUUGAGCCGCACCAGCAGCCUGUCUGCUCCGAGGCCCACCAGGGCGUCCAUGCUGCGCCGCGCUCGCCUGGAAGAGGCCUCGGACAACGAAGGAGCGGAGCGGGAGCGUCUGCAGGACGGCGCCGGCGCCGCGGCCAAGCCUCAGGAGCCCAGGAAGCUGUCCCGGCUGGACCUGCUGGCCAUGCCCCGCAAGAGGACCAGCUCCUUCCACACGCCCAGCGACUGCGAGGCCUCCGCCCCCCCCGCCCCCUCCGCCCCGCGGGGAUUCUCCAGCCUCAGCGGCGAGCUGGGCGGCGGCCACGCUCGCAGGGCCUCGGCCCCGGCACCAAAGCCCGCGGAGCGGCCCCAGAAAGCAGCGCUCAACAAGCUGCCAGUCACUCGCAUGCGCUCGGGAAGCGCCAAAUACGCCAGCAGCACCGCAAGCUCCAGGAGACGACAGAAAGCCUCUGACUAUACCUCUACCUCCGACGAGGAGUACGACUCAAACCAGAGCACCCCUAAACACAAACGCUCCCAACCCUCCUCAGCCACGCAGAGCCCCCGCAUCCAGGCCCGGCCGCAGCCCGUGGUGGCGCUGCGCCUCAAAGGCCACCGAGACUCCGAGGACGAGAACCCGGAGCGGGACACGUACCACAACUGGUCCACGCACAGCGCCGAGAUUGCACGGUUGAGCCAGGACCUGGCCAAGGACCUCGCUAUCCUGGCCAGAGAAAUCCACGACGUAGCAGGUGAUGGUGAUGCUCAGAACCCGGGCCUGGAGAGCAGCUCACCCGUGUCCACCGUGACCGCCCAUGAGCAGCUGGUUCAGCGUAUUCCAGAGGCUGGAUUAAACUAUCAGAGAGUCCCACCAAGUUCCACGUCUCCAAAUGAAGCUGAUCAGAGCUCGAACGACCCAGAACAGAAACACUCCCAGAGCAAAGACGAGGUCUUGAAGGACAAUCUCCUGCUGAACCCUGUGUCUGAGAUCAUCGUGACCAUCAGGGAAAACACGGAGCAGCUUGCUGAAAAAAUCAAGGUUCUGUUCCAGGACCGACUGGAUGUCUGGGAUGAAGUGGAGGAGAAGGUUAAAUGUGACGUUGAUCCUCCUGUUGUCAAAACGUCAAACAAGGAAAUCAUGACCAUUUUGAAAGAACUGAAGAGAGUUCAGCACCAACUUGAAGUCAUCAACACGGUGAUGGAGCCCGGAGCUCAGCCUCAGGCCUCCAGACCCUCAGCCUCCGCUUCGCCCGCGGGGCCUGGAGCUCGGCCGAACAGGACUCCUUCCUCCAGAGACUGGCGCACCGUCCACUCUGUGUCCAAGCGCGGCGGCGGCGGCCUGAGGCCCGGAGAUGGCGUCAGGAGAGCAGCUGUGACACCUGACGACCUCAGGGAGGGAUAUUUAGUCUGAGGUGUGACACGAACACGGACCACUGCACGCAAAAAGGAACCGAGGUGGAGGGGAAGCGAGACUGAACUGUUCCCUGCUGUGCUUUUUGAACCUGUGCUGACCGGGAGCCCACAGACGAGUCGUCUCACCUCUGACAGGCCUCAGAGCUUUACUUGAUUCACUUCCUCUCUGUUUGCCAAUGAUGUGACCAACGCUGUUCAUUUUAAAAGCUCACUCUAAUUACUUGGUUUAAAUGAAAACCAGCCUGAGCUUAAAGAACUCAGGGAUUAUUAUAAUGAAUCAGACGUGUGUUUGAGGAAAUAUUUGUGUUUUAUUCAUUUCAGGCAAAGGAUUCUUUUGACUUCCUGGUGUACGGCAAAUCCUUAGCAUCUAGUUACUGCUGAUCCCUUGUCUCUCCUGCUUUAUAGAUGAAUGUAAACGUAUUUAUAUGAAGCUCUGAGACACUGGUGGCAUUAGGAGAGAUUUGGUACCUUAGUCAUGGGUCAAAUCCUCUUUCUAUCACACGGUUGCAGCCAUUUCCUGUGUACAGUAUUUAUUCAGGUAUUUCCCAUGGUAGGAACACGCCCAAGUGUUAAAUCCUUGUUCCAACCUGGCAACCACCAGCUCGGCUCCUUGUAAAACACUAGGGUUCAGGCUUGAAACCUGCGCUGGGUGGUGUUGGAGAACACUUCCCUCUGAGGAUCUGGCCAAAGACAAUCAUGAGGCUCCUUUUAUCAGUUUGUACUGAGCUCAGCACACGCUUGUUUGUUGAUCUGCACUAAAGGCGACGCUUACAUUUCUUCAGCCACUCGAGUCACAAGGUCGCCACAGACGCUCACAUGACAGUAGAUUGUGUGGUGUGUAAUGUAAUCCGACCAUGUAAUCCGAGUUCUGUCCAGUGUGUGUAUAUAUAUAUAUAUAUAUGCUACCAAGUACCUCUCAACUGUGUCUUUGCACUAAUGUAGUAAACGUAUCUGAUGCUGCUGAGGUCGAAGCAGGGAAACUGCCCCUCCAGUCCACCCGCCGCUGUCAGUUUCCCUCCUUCCUGCUGUAGAUUGUCCACUCGUACUUUAUUGGGAGGUUUCCUGCAGCCGAGCGCAGCGGUGGUUUACAAAGUUGAGCAUUAAAUGAAUGUUUUAGUUUAUUUUUUGUUUGUUGCUGCUGUUCAUCUUUUUGGGAGCAUUAAGUUGAAGCUGGAGUCCUUCAGGAGCUGAGCUUUAACCUGCGCCCCUCACACAAUGAUUUGUUGUAAUGUUAGCUGACAUGUAUGAUUUGUAGAUGAUGAUUCCACUUUAAAAUAAAACUAAAUAAAGACUA